CUCAAAGCCACCUCAAACUCUGAGAGUGACCCGAAUCAUCAAUUUUGGCCAUAUUUUCAAGGCAGGCUUCAUAUUCGGGUCCCGUUGGGAUCCAAGUUUCAGCUGUCCAAUAAGAAAAACACGUGUUUGAGAGUGGAGGUCUCGUAGCUUAUCACACUGGUCAAAUUCGCGCGACAAGCCGUGCUUGGUCUGGCGCGGCGACCAGUAUUUAAUCUAUGCUAGCAUCAUGGCCUCCACUGUGCGGCAGGAACGCCGGAACUCUAGCUUUUCGGCCGUCCGCACUCCGAUUGAAGCCUUGAUUGAGGCUGCUGAGGCGAAGAUGUCGGAGGAGGCGGAUCUUGUGCUGCCGCCACCCAAAUUGCCCCAGAGCGCAGAGCAAAUUAGAGAACAUUUCGGAGAUAGGCGACCCCCCGAUAUUACUCGAAAGAUUACAGCAUGUGUUGCUUGCAGAAAACAAAAAAUAAAAUGCAACAUGAUCGAUGGCAAAGCGCCUUGUGCACGAUGCCGGAAGCGAGGUCUGUCUUGCACCGUGAAUAAAAGCUUGCAAAUGCUCUUAGAGGAUGAUGCUUCAUGGAAGCACUCGGUGACCCGAAAGCUGCAUGUCUUGGAGCAAUUCAUGGACACCGUCAGGGACAAACUUCAGUUACCCGAGGCCGCUCUGUCAUCAGAGCAAGAGGUCGAAUUUUCUAAUGACAUCUCAGCACCAGCCUGUAUAGCUUCACACUCUACCAACACCCCACCCGCAAGUAGCAGUCUCAUCAGUCCGCAAAUUCGCACAUGGGAAGUGCGUAUGGAUAUUGAUACUGGACCGGCAGCUAUUCCAGCGUCUAUCGUCUCUGAAGUUCGCACGGAUAUAACCCCAACUAUACCAGCGCUCAAUGCAGAUUUCGUAACUCAAGGCGUCGUGACUCUAGAACAAGCUGAGUCACUAUUCGCAACCUACCGAGACAGACUCGACCAUUACUUGUAUCGCAUAUUGGGUGAAUCUAUUUCGUUAAGGCGUGUCAGGGGUGAUUCCCCAUUAUGCAUGGCGGCUAUCUGCACAGUGAGUGCAUUGCAUUCGAAGACACUCGGCCAUUUGUUUCACAAGUGCUACCACAAAUUCCAGGAACUCUGCGCUGCACAGGUAGUUGCAAAAGACGCCAACUUGAACGAUAUCCGCGGGCUCUGUAUAGGGGCAUUCUGGCUGGCAGACCUCUCCUGGGCUCUCGUAGGACUUGCAGUUCGGAUAGCAACACAGAUGCAAUUACACCGCUGCCUGAACAAGGCUCUUCGUGGGGAUAAGCUAGCGUACUUACAAACCCGCCUGUACUACCUAGUCUAUGUUUGUGAUCACCAUUUCUCAAUUGCAUAUGGUCGAUCACCGAUGUCAAGAGAUUGUGAGAUGAUUCGAUCUGCCAAGUCAUUCAUGCGAUGCCCGCAUGCUGGCGAAGAUGACUUUCGUCUAAUUUCGCAGGUGGAGAUAUGGUCAACAGGCUCGAGGGUCUUGGAUACCUUCGACUUCGACAUGGACGCUGCCAUCACGCCCGAACAGAUUCCAAAAAUUCGACGAUUCGGAAUUGCCCUCGAUACCUGGCGUGCAGACUGGAACGAACGCUUUCGCCCGAAUGACCACGUCGGCAACUAUCCCGCUAAAGGUGUAGGCAUGCAUUUUCACUUUGCAAAAUUGUACCUCUGUUCACACGCGUUUCGCGGUGUCCCCAUUAAGACCGGGAUGGCUACUCCUUAUAUACCAUCUCUCCAUCCGGAAUUAGAAGAAGUUGCUUCAGCAGCCGUCGUUGCUGCUAAAUCCAUCCUUAGGACGCUUAUCGAGGACAAGGAGAUGCAGAUUCAUCUCAAUGGACUUCCACUAUACUUUGAUACUAUGAUAGCAUUUGCAGUGGUUUUCCUGCUUAAGGUCGCAACUCAAUACGCAAAGCCAGCUCGUGUUGACAGCACAGAGCUCUUACAUCUCGUGGAAGACAUGACGCUUGUGCUCAAAAAUAUCGCGGAAGGCGUACAUCGUAAUCACAUACUUGUUGUGAUUGCCGAGGGUCUUGCCAGCUUACUGCAGCGUGUUAAAGAUGCGGCUCGUGCGCCUGCUGCUGACGGUAUGGCUCUUGAGCCAGCAAAUCAUCACCAGCCUCCAGCAUCUACACCAAACUCUGAACAAUUCAUCAAUUCUGAUUUCGACUGGAUGACUUUUGAUCUAUUGGGCCCUCAGGAUAGUGGAGUAGAACCAGCUUGGCCUCUCUCAUAUGAUUUCACAAAUCAUUAAGCACGGCUCUGUUAAUUUUCUACAUAUUCUCGCGAAGGCCGCACACAAUUUUCGGGGCUCGAAAGAAUAGGAAGGCAUUGACAAGCAGUGGUCUACACAAUGGCGGUAAAGUGAAUAACAGAUGUCGAAGAUUCAUUUCUGCUAAUCAAGAUCAUUAACUUUUACCUGGAAUCGCCUCGAAAUCGAACACCAAAGCAACAAAUCAAUGGGUCACAAUCGCAUUUGCCGGCUCAUCAACCUUCGGCUUCGAGAACGGAGCUGCGAAGCCGUAUGUUUUCCAACCAUCAUCAUAACCUUUCCCUUCCUCACGCUCAUGAUCUGGUUGAAAAACCAUCCGUCGAUGGAUGUAAUAUUUCUCGCGAAGAUUUUCACCAUCGGCCUUCCCUGAAAAUGUAGCGUAAAGGCUAGCUCUUCGAUUUUUGGUUCUGUCGGGGCCGCUUUUGUGGGCUAAGUGACUGCCGAAGAACAGAAUGUCUCCUGGGUUUAGUGGUACAGGAACCCAAUCAUGUUUGGCAAUCCAGUCGUCAGAAAUGGGACCUCCAUCAGCCAACUCAACCAUCAUUUUAUGAGAACCUGGAACGACCUCGAGGCAGCCGUUUUCCAAAUCCGCAGGGUCGACAGCGAAGUUCGCAGUCACAUGCUCUGUCUUGCAAAUGUGGUCAUAUGCUGGUCCAUCGAGAUGAGCGUGGAAACCAUUCCCCUUGGGCAAUUUGUAGUUAAUCUUGGCUUUGAACAGUUGCAUCUCCCUCCCGGAGAGUAGUUGAAGUAUGUUCGCUAGUUCCUGUCCGUAGAGUAAUUUAGCAAUUUGAGC